GGGCGUGUUUGAACAUGAGUGAACCACUAGAGUACCUUCAGUCGCAGUACACUCCAAUAUAUGAAGCGCUUUUUCCCUUUAAUUUUACAGUUUUUCUUUUCAUCUGCAGUGGUAAAAGUGACCAGUGAAGCUAAUAUGGGGGAUGUCUUUGUCCGUGUAACUUAGUGCCUUAUCGUUAUUUCAUCCGUUAAGUUUUUCUGCCGGUUGUUGUAUAUACACGACAAGUAUAUACAAGUUGCUGAAAAACUAAAUCUAUUCAAAUAAGGAUGACAAGUGUGAAGGCUUGGCCACUGCUUCUGCUGCCGUUUACACUGGUCUCUAUGGGGAAAGCAGAGUGUCCAUUGCCUUCUUUGAAUGGCAAAACUGUCUUGUCCGCGGAAUCCAUACUGAAGAAUAGCUUCCCAGACAAUUCAGAAGCGUUUGUGGAGUGUGCUAAAGGACAUGAGAGAGAUGAAGGUCCGACUUCAAUUACCUGUGUGAAUGGGGUCUGGAGUCCGGUGAAAUUAAUCUGCAAAAAGAUGGAUUGUGGACAACCUAAACCUUCACCACAUAUGACCUACAACAUCCUUGAAGGAACAUUGUUUGGUGCCUACAUACAACCCAAAUGUGAGACAGGAUAUGAUCUGGAAGGAUCAAGCCACAGGCAAUGUCUUGUUUCUGGUUGGAGUGGAAAAGCUGAAUGUAUAUUGACAGAAUGUGAUUUGCCAGAAUCAGUUGUGCAUGGCAAGUGGGUUGGACCCAGAGAUCCUGUGUUUAAUGAUGUCAUUACAUAUUCCUGCGAUGAUAACUACAUCCUCGUUGGCAACAGCUCCAUUACAUGUGAUGAAUACGGGAUGUAUAGUUCACCACCUCCGAUAUGCAAAGCUAUCGAAUGUUCAGUUCCUGAAGUUAGAUUUGGUAACCAGACCGAAGGAAAUCCUCCGUACUUUUAUAAAAGUAAAGCCACGUUUGAAUGCUGGCCAGGUUACAGGAUGAAAGGUUUAGCUACAUCAGUGUGUGAAAAGAGUGGCUGGUCUGCCCUUCCUGUCUGUGAUGAAGUCAUCAUAACGCAGACAAAAGCAAGCACUACCACAAACAAAGCCACAACAACAGACACGACAACAGCCUCCACCCGUUCACAUGGAGACCAAAUUGGCAUUGGAAAUCAAAUUGGUGUUCUGAGUGUCCUUGUGUCCUUGGUAGUUGUGAUUGCAAUUGUUAUUUUAUCUACUUGCUGUCUGGUAUAUCGUCAUUUUAAACACAAAGGUUCAUACAAUACUGGCGAAGAACUGAGGGCGAAAGAAGAGUUAUUGCAUAAUCAAAGUGUUUAAACUCAAGGGCAAACAAUCGGAUGGCUCCUUUGCUUUAGCAUUAUUCCUGCACAUGGAUUCAUUAAAGUUUCAAGUUUUAAACUUUUUUUUGUUGUAUUUUAUAAACUAGAUAUUGUAUUUAUUUAUGACUGCUACAAAAUGUUUUACUUUUAGAAAUAUAUUACAGUUACCGAUAAAAGCACAAGAUGAUAUUUUUGUAUAUUUGAAUAAAGAUUUUUUAAGUA